AGACAAGAGUGGCUACAUAUAGUGGCAUGGCAAGGGCUAGAACGCAUAGUAAUUACCCCUUUCAUUCCCACAAUUUGUUCUACCGUGAGCUCACAGCUGUGCAACUCGACUAUGAGGACUCUUUGUUUCGUUUGCUUUACCGUCGUUCUCCUUUACCAGGCAUAUGGACAUGAAAUUGUAGAAGAGAAGGAGGUAGUAGAGGAAAUUGAACCUGAGAACCUCUUGAAGGAUCGGUACUUUCAGAACAUGUCGUUGUGGACAACAUUCCAACCCGAGGUUGUGAUAGCUGACUGGAAAAAUAACAAAUCAAUUCGUGCUGCCAACUGUACACAAAAAGACAAUACCAACAUAACGAAACAGUAUUGCGACUGCGAGUCAAAGUCUUCGCCUAUCAUGAUAGAUGCAACAAAGGCCUACGAAUUCUCCAUCUACGUCCAAGCUAUGAACCAACACCAUAUGAAGAACUUCUUUGGUUUCUAUGUGUACGACAGCAAUGCAGAGAAAGUAGUUGAUUCCUGGAUGAAACCAUACUUCAAGAAAUCAGUUAACAGCAAUCAUGCUUGGCAGAAAUGGACAGCUCACAUUUAUCCUCAUACUUUCAUGGACAGAAACAAUGACGGUAAACCCAAUUUCCUGAACUCUAAGACUAAUGGAGAAGACUGGAUUUGGCCAUCCAAUGCUACUUAUGUUUCUAUGCGAUUUGGAUCAUGUUAUUAUGGCACUGGACGUAUUGGCCGCGAUACUGAGACAGUACGAGUAGCGAGACAUGUAGUAGACCCACUAGGAAUAACCUUGUUUGCAUACCCAAGUAUUAGGGAAAUAGAAUUGCCGGCGAUUCUUGAUCUCAGUCAUCCAAGCAUGAUAUUCAACGUAACCAAUUCUGAACAGUGGUUUUCUGCAGCAAAUUACAGUGGAAUGGCAUUUGUAAACGGAAUGCACACUCAUAUAGCAAGACUUGAGGAGACAAAGGUUUUGAAUAAAUGCUACUAUCCGUGGGGCAUUACACACCUAUUCCAGAUUGAUAACCACAAAACAUACGAAUUCAGUGUUUGGAUACUGAGUACAGGCAACGAUCUUGACAACUUCCUUGGCUUUCAAGCGUUUGAUAUGGCAUUCAGUCCCCUUAUGGUCGGCAACACAUUCAAGCCCUACUUCAAGAGAUCCGAAAGCGACUCAAAGAUGUGGACACGAUGGAAUGGAUUUGUACUCGCAGCCAUGGAUAAUACCACUGUUCCUACCUAUUACGCUAACGGUCAAAGCUUUAAGUGGCCAUCUGGUUCCGUGUAUGCUCAGCUGAGGUUCGGUACAUGCUAUGGCGAUGGAAAAGAUGAAGGAAAGACUUACUUUGCCUACCCUGAGGUCGUGGACUAUAAUCUAAAGCCAUAGACAGGAACAGUCAGACGUCCAUCAUGUGCUUUUGUCUUCCUAGAGUAGCAGUAAACACCCUGACCGUUUCGUUGUGUUUGUAGUCUCUGCCAUGGUGGAACAGUAGCUGGCACGCUAGCGUUUGUAGCACGUGCCAUGACUUUGAUAUUUGUGCUCUGCGACAGCACACGUAAUUGUAGCAUUGCACAUGUCUACGUAUAGCUUGGUUGCUAUCAAAUCAAAGACUUCAUUCUAAA